CCACAACACAUCAGCAAUGGUGGAUGUAAAGGUGGCAUGGCCGCAAAGGAAUUCAGCGCAUAUCACAACCAACGACCUUGGAUGGUACGACGCCCUAUUCGUGUUCGAUCGCGAACCAACACUCCCGCUCCUCUGAGGAUCACGACGGAGAUAUCUGAAGACACCAAGUUGAAACCCAUCCCUGUUCACAACAUGGGAAUUAUCUCUCCCGCGGCGUCCACUCCAGCCAUACCUCCUGCUGUACCAGAAGAUUCCGGCGAAACGACGGGCAGAGAGGUUACCGACGAGUUGGCCGCCAAGGAAAUCGACGCAAGCGAGCUGCCUUUACCUGCAUCUCCGCCAAUCGAUUGUCGGUUUACGGAUUUCUCGAACCUGCUGGGCAUCAACGUUCAUCCUCCACCAGAGGAUGAGGCUGUUGCAAUGCCUCACGACGAGCCUGCAUCAUAUUGCCAUGCCACACCUGAUGAGGAUCUCUAUGGAUGGGAUGCCGAGCUUGAGCGGCAAAGCCAGCAGAGCAGCCCAGUCUUGCCGUACUCGUGCGACGCUGAUUACCAGUACCGACGGACGAGCAUGACGAAGCGUAGCCUCUUGCACCGAGUCUUCAGCAUGGGAGGUUCACCGAAGGACAUCAACAUUGAAGUGCGCCGAGCUAGCAGCACCUCGAGCUAG